GGGCUGAGAGCGCACUGCUUGGCACACACCGCUGUGUACUUCUUCCUCUGGCUCAACGCAGUUUACGACCUCUAUCACGACACAUCGGGACAAAGAUGAGCUGGUCAGGAUUCAAGAAGUCAGUCAAUCGAGCAGGAACGACGCUCCUGCAGAAGACCGGUCAGAUCGAACGCACGGUCGACAGAGACUUCGCCGAUGAAGAGACCAAGUACAAGUCGUUUGAGAAAGAAUGUCAAUCAUUGCAGAAGGACAGCAAGGGCUACUUGGACGCCAUGCGCGCCAUGACCUCAGCGCAAGGGCGGCUCGCGGACACGAUCGAUGUUUUCUACGGCGCAGCAGACAUGAGCUCGGAGGGUGCUAUGGCGGCGCACGCGUACAAACGUGCGGUGGACGAUCUGGACACCGGCGUGGGGAGAGAGUUGGAUGCACCGUACAGGACGACCAUCAUGGAGCCUCUCGGCAAGAUGAACGCGUACUUCCCCGUGGUGAACGAGCACAUUGCGAAACGGAACAAGAAGAUGCUCGACUAUGAUUCCUCCCGUAGCAAGAUGAACAAGCUGAUCAACAAGCCCAGCGAAGACCCGACCAAGCUACCCAGAGCUCAACAGGAACACGAUGACGCGAAGGAGGUGUUCGACAUGCUCAACGACCAACUCAUCGCCGAACUUCCCCAAUUACUCGACCUUCGCGUGCCGUUCUUUGACCCGAGCUUCGAAGCGAUGAUCAGGAUGCAGUGCAAAUUCGCUGAGGAAGGCUACGAGAAGCUGAGCGGCGUUCAGAGAUAUUUUGCAGACAACGUCCGGGACGACUACGCGGCUGGUCAGCUUGAUGCUCAGGUUGAGGGCGUGCUUCAGGAAAUGAGGGAGCUAACCAUCUGCGGUGCGCAAUGAGCGAAGUGUAUGACUACUGACGCACCGCUGUUUUUGUGGUUCUGUACUACGUCGUGGCUUGUACGUUCUUCUACGUAGCUGCUCCUCACAGGCUAGAUCCGGCUGGGACGAGUAUGGACCACCUUUUCGCCAUUUUCAUGGAUAUAUUAUCGCGUUGGAUAGAAUAAGACUGCGCAGGAGAACA